AUGCAGCCAGGACAGCAGCAGCCUCCACGAAAGCGGAUCCUUUUCCUGGACGCCUACGACUCGUUCUCCAACAACAUCACGUCGUUGCUGCAGACCCUCUUGGAUGUCGAGGUUUCGGUCUUGCAUAUCGACUCGCCAUCGCUUUUUCCUUUCGGCAUUGAUUCAACACCGGAUGAGGAGGCCAAGUCGAGAUUUGUCAAGGAGCUUGCCAGAUAUGAUGCCGUUGUUUGUGGACCAGGUCCGGGCAAUCCGGGCAACCAACGGGAUGUUGGCGUUAUGAGGUUUAUUUGGGAAUUGGAGGAGGCGAAUGUCCUGCCAGUGCUUGGAAUCUGCUUGGGCUUUCAGAGCCUCGUCAAUUCUUGCCAGGGAGGUCAGGUCAAGAGACUGAGAAGGGGGUUGCAUGGUAUGGUCAGAACAAUCAUCCACCGUAUGGACUCAGUUGCGCCGGUGGAGGGUGACAUUUUUGCCGGGGUGAACGGGUUCAAGGCAACGCUGUAUCACAGCUUGUGUGGCCAUGUUGGACAGGAGGGCAUCGACCAACAAGAAUGGGAGGAAGCUCGGUGGCAGCCUCAGGACGGCUGCCCUGAGUUGUUGCCGCUGGCCUGGGUGGAGGAGCAGCGUGAAGAGGGCGAGGGUUUCGAAGCUGGAACGGAAAGAAUCCUCAUGGCUGUCAAGCACAGGACCAAGCCGUUCUGGGGUGUGCAAUAUCAUCCCGAGUCGGUGUGCACAGAAGAGGAGGGCAACAAGAUCAUUGUCAACUGGUUCGAGGAAGCGCUCGGGUGGAAUCAAAAACACAAGAGGACGACCCUGGUGGAUGGACACAACCUGGCAGAGGCUGCCAUCAAGCCGAGCCUGCUCUCUCAGCUCACACCGUCAGGAGAGCCUAGGGCUUCGGGGCAGUGGUGGGAGAAGUUUGAGUCUGACCCAGUUUUGCGCUCUGUCUCGGUGCCCUUGCCUCGCGGCAUUCCGGUCCCGGAUAUCGUAGAGGCAGUUGAUCCCGAUGCCUCUGAGCGGAUCAUCCUGGACUCGGCCAACGCGGCACCUGCCAUAUCGAGUGCUGAUGUCCGCGGCAGAUACAGCAUUAUUGCGGCUGGUCUGGACGAAGCCCUGCGUCUUGAAUACCACGCCGGCGAUGACUAUGCCACCACCAAGCUCAAGGCUGUUGGGGGAAUGUCAGUCAACUUAUCACAGCAGGUUCCGAUUGCCAGAUAUGGCAGCAUCUGGGCUCUGAUUGCAGCCUUCCAAGACGCAAGACAUAUCGACGUCGAAGGGCCCGAGACGACCCCUUUUCUGGGAGGUUUUAUGGGAUACGUUACCUACGAGCAGGGGCUCAUGGACAUUGGCAUCAAUCUCGACCACCCUCGCCCCCACCAUCGACCAGACGUCUGCCUGAGCUGGAUCACCAAGAGCAUCGUCAUUGACCACCUCGCCGGCGUCGUCCACGUGCAACAUCUCCGCUCUAGCGGCUCAGAGGAAGACACCUGGCUAGAGAAAACAACCGGCAAACUCCUCACCCUCCAAAACACCCAACGCCGACCGUCCUUCAACUCCAAAAAAGACAACACCCAACUCCCCCAAUCCCCCACCAAACGCCGCCCAUCCCGCAGCACCACCUCCAUCCAAACCCCCUUGACAAAAGAGUACGAGGACAAGGUCCGGCUCUGCCAAGAACACAUCGCCGCGGGGGAGUCGUAUGAACUCUGCCUGACAGACCAAACAACCAUCACCCGUCCCCUCAGCGAUGUCCAACCACCCCUAUCACCUACACAACCCAAACACCCCCGCCUCUCCUCCUCCCCCGCCACCCGGCCCAACUCCUGGUCCUUGUUCAAACACCUCCGCACCCGCCAACCCGCUCCCUUCGCGUCCUACCUCCGCCUCCACCCGGCAACCCUCGUCUCCGCCUCCCCCGAGCGUUUCCUAACCUACGACCGUCAAGGGAAAUGUUCCAUGCGUCCGAUGAAGGGCACAGUCCGCAAGUCGGACAUUUGCUCCACCCUCUCCCAAGCAGAGAAAAUCCUCCACGUCCCCAAAGAGGAGGCGGAAAACCUCAUGAUUGUUGACUUAGUUCGUCACGACUUGCACUCCAUCUGCGGAGCGGGGAAUGUGACUGUGCGGGAUCUGCUAAAGGUGGAGGAGUAUCAAUCUGUGUUUCAGAUGAUCACUGUUGUUGAGGGGCAGUUGCCUAGACAGGGGGGGUAUGGUGGGUUGGAUGCGCUGGCGGGGGCGCUGCCGCCGGGGAGUAUGACGGGGGCGCCGAAGAGGAGGAGUUGUGAGAUACUCAGGGGGGUGGAAGGGGGGAGGGAGAGGGGGUUGUAUUCGGGGGUUGUGGGGUAUCAUUGUGUUAGCGGACGGGGGGAUUGGAGUGUUACGAUCAGGAGUUUGUUUAGGUGGGAUGAUGAGGUGGGGAGGGAGGGGGGGGAGGAGGAGGUUUGGAGGAUUGGGGCCGGGGGUGCGGUUACGAUACUGAGCACGGAGGUGGGGGAGAGGGAGGAGAUGUUUACCAAGUUGGCGGGGCCGUUGAGGGUUUUUGGGGAGGUUUGUUAA